CGCCCUCCGUUCCGCGGUGUGUUGUCGAAGUGAAGGAUCCCGUUCGACGGACGGUGGCGGUUCCGAAGCGGCGGGCUUGAUUCCGCCACUUAACCGAGCCGCUUGCCUUCGAUGUGCAGGGCGGGAUGGGGGAUCGAACGCGCGCGCGGACCUGCCGGGCUACAUCGCAACGAGCGUCAUUUUUCUCCCAUCUUUGACCAUCGUCAUCAUCACCAUCAUAAUCAUUACCGCCGCGCAUGUCGCCAUCCCAAAGGGCCGUUCUGUAGAUCAACGAAGGAGGAACUUGCUGUACAAAAAAAGUCGGUGAGGGAUCGAGCUUGACCGAGCGGACCCCAUCCGGCGCCAUGGCCUCCAAACUGAACCCCAACGUCCUGUACGUGGCCGAGCCGAGCGAGUCGGCCCAGGCGGAUGCCGAGAGGACACCUCUUGCCGGGGACGCGGGAGACGAGUCGUCCGACAGCGACGGCGAGCAAGAGGAGACGUCGCACAAGCUCAUCCGCAAAGUUUCCACGUCGGGCCAGAUCCGGGCCAAGAAGAGCGUGAAAGAGGGAAACCUGUUGAAGCAGACGAGCUCCUUUCAAAGGUGGAAGCGCCGGUACUUCAAGCUCCGUGGAAGAACGCUCUACUAUGCCAAGGACUGUAAGUCUCUUAUUUUUGACGAAGUCGACUUGUCCGAUGCCAGCGUGGCCGAAACCGGCACCAAGAACAUCAACAACAGCUUCACGGUUAUCACUCCUUUUCGCAAAUUGAUGCUGUGUGCUGAGAACAGGAAGGAAAUGGAAGACUGGAUCGGGGCCCUCAGGUCUGUCCAGAAGUGGGAAAUCUACGAGGCCAGCCAGUUCAACGUGGAGCAUUUUUCGGGAAUGCACAACUGGUACGCCUGCUCGCACGCCCGGCCCACCUUCUGCAAUGUCUGCAGGGAGGCCCUGCCGGGCGUCACCUCCCAUGGCCUUUCCUGCGAAGUGUGCAAGUUUAAGGCCCACAAGCGCUGUGCCGUUCGAUCCACCAACAACUGCAAGUGGACCACGCUGGUCUCGAUCGGCAACGACAUCAUUGAAGAUGAGGACGGGGUGUCCAUGCCCCACCAGUGGCUGGAAGGCAACCUGCCCGUCAGCGCCAAGUGCGUGGUGUGCGACAAGAACUGCGGCAGCGUGCGGCGACUGCAGGACUGGCGCUGCCUCUGGUGCAAGGCGAUUGUCCACAGCAGCUGUAAAGAACAAAUGGGCAAAGUGUGCCCCCUGGGUCAGUGCAGAGUGUCCAUCAUUCCUCCCACUGCACUUAACAGCAUCGACUCUGACGGCUUCUGGAAGGCCACGUCUGCGUCUUGUUCCAGUCCCCUCCUGGUUCUCGUCAACUCCAAAAGCGGGGACAACCAGGGUGUCAAGUUCCUGCGCAAGUUCAAGCAGCUCCUCAACCCGGCUCAAGUCUUUGAUCUGAUGAAUGGCGGUCCGGAACUCGGACUGCGCCUCUUCCAGAAGUUUGUGACGUUCCGAAUCUUGGUGUGCGGGGGCGAUGGCAGUGUGGGCUGGGUGCUUUCGGAGCUGGACAAACUCAACCUCCACAAGCAGUGCCAGCUGGGAGUGCUGCCUCUGGGCACCGGGAACGACCUGGCCCGAGUUUUGGGCUGGGGGGGCCUCUGCGACGACGACGCUCAGCUGCUGCAGAUCUUAGAGAAGCUGGAGAGGGCCACCACCAAAAUGCUGGACCGAUGGAGCGUGAUGACCUACGAGGUUCCGCCCACCUCAAAACGCACACGAUCGACGAAGGAAGAGGACACCCUCGACUCUCCUCUGCAGGUUCACAUCACUCAAUAUGCCGAUUCUGUGGCGUCCCACCUGGCUAAGAUCCUGGAUUCAGAUCGACACAGCGAUGUCAUUUCCUCCGCAAAGUUCCUGUGUGGGACGGUGAAUGAGUUUGUGGCGGAGGUGGGCAAGGCCUACGAGAGAGCCACGGAGAACAAGGAGGAAGCGGAUGCUAUGGCAAAGAAGUGUGCUUUGUUGAAUGAGAAACUGGAUUCCCUGGUCAAAGCCUUAAGUGAAGAAGCUGAAGCUCAGGUUGUUCCAGCGGGUUCCCAGGCCAGCCCGGACGGUGAUGGCUCUGGCCCCGAAAAAGAUGCAAGCAACGUAAGCUCAGACGCUCAAACUUACCGCUCGAAGGAGCAGCUGAUGCUGCGGGCCAACAGUCUGAAAAAGGCACUGAGGCAGAUCAUCGAACAGGCUGAGAAAGUGGUGGAUGAGCAGAACCGACACACUCAGGUCCACAGGAUGUGGUCGUCUUCUUCCAUCAAGCGGGAAAACAGCGAGGAACUCAAGGACGCGGACAUGCGCAUCAGAAGUCUCAGUCCGUCUUCGCCCAUCGUCCUGGAGAAACCGGCGAGCCUCCACACGGUCAACUUCAACGAGGACUCAGUGCAAUGCUGGGAGAAAUGCGUGAUGAACAAUUACUUCGGCAUCGGCCUGGACGCCAAGAUCUCGCUGGAGUUCAACAACAAGCGCGAUGAGCAUCCGAAAAAGUGCAGCAGUCGUACGAAGAACAUGAUGUGGUACGGAGUUCUGGGCACCAAAGAGCUGGUCCAGAAGACCUACAAAAACUUGGAACAGAGGGUCCAGCUCGAGUGCGACGGCGUCGCCGUUCCGCUACCAAUCCUCCAGGGCCUGGCGGUGCUCAACAUUCCCAGCUACGCGGGUGGCAUCAACUUCUGGGGGGGCACCAAGGAGGACAACAACUUCGGCGCUCCGUCUUUUGACGACAAGAAACUGGAAGUGGUGGCCGUGUUUGGCAGCAUGCAGAUGGCGAUGUCCAGAGUCAUCAACUUGCAGCACCACCGGAUUGCGCAGUGCCGCCAGGUGAAGAUCACCAUUUUGGGGGAGGAGGGCGUCCCCGUGCAAGUGGACGGCGAGGCUUGGAUCCAGCCACCGGGCAUCGUCAAGAUACUCCACAAGAAUCGAGCGCAGAUGCUCACCAGGGACAGGGCGUUCGAGAGCACGCUCAAGUCGUGGGAGGAUAAAUUAAAAGUCGACAGCGACCGUGCCAACAGACCCCGCCUCAACUCGCAGCAGUCCAUGGAGUACCUGACGGAGGAGGAGUGCGCCCAGGUGCAGCAGCUGGGCAUCAUGGCCGACACGCUCAUCAGCAAGAUCCGCGAGACCGCCAAGACCCACAAGCUGGUGGAGCAGGAGCUGGCGCACGCCGUCAACGCCAGCGCCAUGGUGCUGACUGAGGCCAAGCUGUCCAGCCCCGAGCAGUUUCUGAGUCGCAGUACAGCCGUGGAAAUCGUCAACAGCAGCAAAGUUCUGCAAGCGGAGACGACCAUGCUUCUGGACGGACAACAUCUGUCCGAUUCCCCGGAGGAGGCGGAGCUGCGCUUAACCCUGAACAGCCUGAGCGCGGAGCUCCACAAGCUGGUCGACAUCCACUGGAUCUGCCCGCUGAUGCAUUGCGCCGAGGGGGAGUCGGCGCGUCCCAGCGGUAAAAGCAGCAUCAAGCUGAAGAUCAUGCCCAAGGCGAAGAGGGAGAAGGAGAAGCUCUACAAGCAGAAGUCCAACAGCUCACUCUCAGUCGACGUCUCUCGUGCUGGAGCCACGAUUCAUGUCAGUCCACCUGUUGCAGCAGAUCUCCAAGGAACAUCGGACGUCAAAUGCGCAACUCCUGAAGCAGAAUCUUCGGGCAACUGAUGAUCUUUUCCGGCCUCUCACCUUGACCACCGCGGGUGGCGAGACGCCUUCCUCCCGCCCGCCGACGCCCGCUGGCCUGACCGAGAGCCACCGAUGAGUGAUGAGCACUCCGUCUUGCGUUUCCCUGCUGUACAUUUGAUUUCGAAAGGGUCUGCUAGUCUCGUGGUAUCGAAAGCGUACAACGAAUGUCUUUUUAUAUUUUAUUUUGUCAGAAACAAAGUGUUUCUGUCGCUUGCAUGCCGAGUGCAGCCAUCUUUUUCCGGACCCGCUGAGAACGGAAGCGCCCUCAGAUUUAAGUAAAGACUUUUGGGCACGACUUCCAUGAUAACCGGAUCUGAUGUGCGGAAAAAUCGUACAUGUUGCGGGUGAAGAGAAAAAGAAAAAAAAAAAAAGAUGGUGAAUGUAUUUUGUGUGCUGAGCUGUGAACAUUACUACUGAUAAGAAUCCUAAUAGUGAUAACGUGCACAUUCGAGGUUCAUUCAAGUGGUUCUUAGUUUGUUUUGCUUGUCGUGGCCUCAGCAGGUACUCAAGAGGUCAACGGGUUGACUAACAAACAGCUGAUUGUAGAUGUAACGCGCCUAACGUGAGCCUUUUGCUUUGCCAGUGGUUCCCAGAUUCUCUUGUGGCUUUUGCUGCCUUCAUGAGCGGGAGAGGAGAAAUCAUGAGGCCAAACAGUCAAACUAAACUUGCCUGAAGCGUGUUUAAGAUAAGUAGAUGCUUGUUGUUGAGGGGUGAACAAAACAAAACAAAAAAAUCAUACUGCGUGGUAUUAAUUUCUUAUCAGGAACAUGCUCGUUUCCACUCACGCUCGAGCGUUCCUUCGCUCGCUCUGCUGUGGUCGGAUGCUGCGAAUGCAUCCAUAAGUAUGCUGCCGCCUUUGCGCCUUUCCAGGCUUUUGUGGUGUUGUGCCAAGUCGAGGGACGCCCUCCUGGCAAUUGGGGGGGCGGGUUGCGCGCGUGUAUGCAUGCGCGUAACGUGGCGUUCAUUUCAAGUUUACUGUGUCUUGCCUUGCACUUUACAGACUACUUCAUGGGGGAGGGACGUCAAAUGCGCAACUCCUGAAGCAGAAUCUUCGGGCAACUGAUGAUCUUUUCCGGCCUCUCACCUUGACCACCGCGGGUGGCGAGACGCCUUCCUCCCGCCCGCCGACGCCCGCUGGCCUGACCGAGAGCCACCGAUGAGUGAUGAGCACUCCGUCUUGCGUUUCCCUGCUGUACAUUUGAUUUCGAAAGGGUCUGCUAGUCUCGUGGUAUCGAAAGCGUACAACGAAUGUCUUUUUAUAUUUUAUUUUGUCAGAAACAAAGUGUUUCUGUCGCUUGCAUGCCGAGUGCAGCCAUCUUUUUCCGGACCCGCUGAGAACGGAAGCGCCCUCAGAUUUAAGUAAAGACUUUUGGGCACGACUUCCAUGAUAACCGGAUCUGAUGUGCGGAAAAAUCGUACAUGUUGCGGGUGAAGAGAAAAAAAAAAAAAAAAAAAGAUGGUGAAUGUAUUUUGUGUGCUGAGCUGUGAACAUUACUACUGAUAAGAAUCCUAAUAGUGAUAACGUGCACAUUCGAGGUUCAUUCAAGUGGUUCUUAGUUUGUUUUGCUUGUCGUGGCCUCAGCAGGUACUCAAGAGGUCAACGGGUUGACUAACAAACAGCUGAUUGUAGAUGUAACGCGCCUAACGUGAGCCUUUUGCUUUGCCAGUGGUUCCCAGAUUCUCUUGUGGCUUUUGCUGCCUUCAUGAGCGGGAGAGGAGAAAUCAUGAGGCCAAACAGUCAAACUAAACUUGCCUGAAGCGUGUUUAAGAUAAGUAGAUGCUUGUUGUUGAGGGGUGAACAAAACAAAACAAAAAAAUCAUACUGCGUGGUAUUAAUUUCUUAUCAGGAACAUGCUCGUUUCCACUCACGCUCGAGCGUUCCUUCGCUCGCUCUGCUGUGGUCGGAUGCUGCGAAUGCAUCCAUAAGUAUGCUGCCGCCUUUGCGCCUUUCCAGGCUUUUGUGGUGUUGUGCCAAGUCGAGGGACGCCCUCCUGGCAA